AUGGAAAACUUAAGGUUGAGCACAGUUGUUUUUGCUGCGGUAGUUGUUUGUCUCUCCGUCGUCCUCCUAUCUCCUAUAGAAGUGGAGGGAAAGAGUGACUUUCUUACCAGAAGAAAAAAAUGUGACUUCCCAUUGGGUAUUUGUUACCUUUGGCAAAGCAAUAAAGUUUGCAAUGAUAGAUGCUUGAGCGCCAAGAGCAGGCGUGGACAUGAGUUAUUUGAUGGCCGCUGCCGUCCGAACGGGGCAACAAUUUCUCUUGUGAUGGAUUGUUACUGCUGCUAUUACGAUGGUGUUACCGGUGCUGAAAAAGAAAGCAUGUGA